AUGCAGUGGACGUGCGUGAAGCGCCGGCUAGGAAACCGCUGCGCUCAGCAGCCCAGCUGCGAGAGGAGGAGCGAGCCUGGCUACAUGACCCGCAGCCCCGAGGCUGAGCCGGGCCUGGCGGCUGGGCAGGGGCGCCUGAGGCACCACCCACCUCCCCCCGGCAAGAGGCUCUGCAGCUCCUUAGACUCAGAGGAGUUGCCGUGGGCCCAGGACGAAAGCAGGCAGCGAGAGAAAUCAGACGCUGGUUCCAAGCGGGGCCCAGAGUCCUCCGCCACUGCCGCCCCUCCUGGCCCAGGCCCAGCAGGGUCAGAGCGCUGGGUGCUGUGGAGCCUCCGGGCGGCCUCUCCUGACAUACCUGGCCAGGUUCCCGAGCGCAGGGAUCCCGUCCAAGGCAAACAGACGGGAGGAUGGAGCCAGAGGUGGCACAGGAAGGGCCUCGGGGCUGAGCAGAGGGCGCCCUGGCAGCCGCGGUUGAGGGAGCCGGCUCUGCGGCUUCAUUCAGCCCUGCAUCCGGCUUCUCUGGAGAGGAGCGGACGUGGCCGCUCCCGUUCCGCGCCCCCCCCAACCCCCGGCCGGCAGGAGCAGAGGAGGGAGGAGGAGGCCGGAGCCCAGGACUGA